GAUGGAGCUGCAAAGGUGACCUGCAUGGCUUGGUCCCAGAACAAUGCCAAGUUUGCGGUCUGCACAGUAGACCGAGUGGUGUUGCUAUACGGACAUGGGGAGCGGAGAGAGAAAUUCUCCACCAAACCAGCUAAUUUGAAGUAUGGCAGGAAGAGCUAUAUGGUGAAGGGCAUGGCUUUUUCCCCCGAUUCCACUAAAAUUGCCAUAGGACAGACCGACAGCAUCAUCUCUGUGUACAAGAUUGGCGAAGAUUGGGGUGACAAGAAAGUCAUCUGUAAGAAAUUCAUCCAGACGAGUGCUGUCACCUGUCUGCAGUGGCCAGCAGAGCGGCACAUCAUUGUUUUUGGACUGGCUGAAGGGAAGGUUUCUUUAGCAAACACUAAAACUAAUAAAUCAUCUCCCAUCUAUGGGACAGAUUCUUACGUGGUAUCACUGACAACAAAUUCCUCUGGGAAAGGAAUUCUCUCUGGUCAUGCAGAUGGCACCAUUGUUAGGUAUUUCUUCGAAGAUGAAGGCUCUGGAGAGUCUCGGGGGAAGUAGGUUAGCCACCCAUGCCCGCCCUAUGCCUUGGCUUGGGCAACCAACAGCAUCGUGGCUGCAGGCUGUGAUCGCAGAAUUGUAGCCUAUGGAUAGGAAGGCCACGUGCUACAAACUUUUGAUUACAGCCGUGACCCUCAGGAGCGGGAGUUCACCACAGCUGCUGCAAGCCCUGGGGGCCAGUCUGUUGUGUUGGGACGUUAUGACAGACUUCGGGUACUCAACUGGAGUACUGACUUGGCCUGGAAACGGGAUGGCUCUCGACUCUGUGCAGUGGCACACUCUGGUGGAGUGAAACAGUUUGACUGCUGCCUCCGGAGAAGCAUUUACAAGAAUAAGUUUGAGUUGACGUAUGUGGAACCUAGCCAGGUGAUUGUGAAGAACCUGUCAUCGGGGACCCGGGUGGUACUCAAGUCAUACUAUGGCUACGAGGUGGAAGAGGUGAAAAUCCUCGGAAAGGAACGUUACCUGGUGGCCCACAUGUCAGACACGCUGCUACUGGGGGACCUGAACACUAAUCGCCAUAGUGAGGUGGCUUGGCAGGGAUCUGGUGGCAAUGAGAAGUAUUUCUUUGAAAAUGAAAAUGUGUGCAUGAUCUUCAAUGCUGGAGAGCUAACCCCGGUGGAAUAUGGGCGUCAUGAUACCCUGGGUUCUGUGCGUACUGAAUUCAUGAACCCCCACCUCAUCAGUGUCCGUAUUAAUGAGCGGCGUCAACGAGGGAUGGAAGACAAUAAGAAAUUGGCUUAUCUUGUCGAUGUUAAGACUAUUGCUAUCGUGGAUCUGACUGAUGGCUACAACACUGGCACCAUCAGCCACAAGAGCCGUGUGGAUUGGCUGGAACUUAAUGAAACGGCCAAGCUUCUCUUCAGGGACUGGAAACUUCGUUUGCAUCUAUACGAUAUCGAAAGCUGCUCUAAGACGAUGAUCCUCAACUUCUGCUCCUGCGUGCAGUGGGUCCCAGGAGGUGAUGUGCUGGUGGCUCAGAACCGAAACAGCCUGUGUGUGUGGUACAACAUUGAGGCACCCGAGAGGGUCACCACAUCCUCUCUUAGGGGUGAUGGGGUAGGUCUGGAGCAGAGCAGGGGCAGGGGGAAGACGGAGGUGAUGGUGACCGAAGGUGUGACAACUGUUGCCUACAUGCUGGAUGAGGGCCUGAUCGAGUUUGGAACGGCCAUUGAUGACGGCAACUACACCUGGGCCACAGCCUUCUUGGAGACUCUGGAAAUGACCCCAGAAACAGAGGCAAUGUGGAAAACCUUGAGCAAACUGGCACUCGAGGCAAGGCAGCUCCACAUCGCGGAGAGGUGCUUUUCUGCUUUGGGCCAUAGAGCAAAAGCUCGAUUCCUGCAUGAGACCAGUGAGAUUGCAGACCAAGUGUCUCGGGAAUAUGCAAGUAUUAUCCUGAAUUAUUCAGUCUCUCAAGCUGAGAUUUCUCUUCAUGCGCAGCCCCACGACCCCUGGCUUUCCAGCCAUGGCUCGCGCACCUCCAGUGCCGUUGAGGAGGCUAUAGAUAUGUAGCAUGAGCUGCACCGUUGGGAUGAGUGUAUCGCUGUGGCUCAGGCCAAGGGCCACCCAGCCCUGGAGAAGCUGUGCCGGAGUUACUACCAGUGGCUGAUGGACACAUAGCAAGAGGAGCGAGCCAGUGAGCUACAGGAGAGCCAGGGGGAUGGACUAGCAGCCAUCAGCCUCUACCUCAAAGCCGGGCUCCCUGCCAAAGCUGCCCGACUGGUGCUGGCCCGGGAGGAACUGCUAGCUAACACCGAGCUGGUAAAAAACAUCACUGCAGCCCUAAUCAAGGGGGAGCUGUAUGAAAGGGCAGGUGAUCUCUUUGAGAAGAUUCGAAACCCAGAGCGGGCCCUGGAGUGCUACUGUAAAGGCAGCGCAUUCAUGAAAGCGGUGGAGCUGGCUCGGUUGGCAUUCCCAGUGGAGGUGGUGAGACUGGAAGAGGCCUGGGGGGAUCCCUUGGUGCAGCAGAAGCAGCUCGAUGCAGCCAUUAAUCACUACAUUGAAGCCAGGUGCUCCAUUAAGGCAAUUGAAGCUGCCUGGAAGAAGGCCAUUUAUGUAUUAGAUCUACCGGACCGGAACACUGUCACCACCACAUACUAUCCCCGCGGGGCCCAACACUAUGCGUCUCUGCAGGAGUAUGAGAUUGCGGAGGAGCUCUACGUUAAGGGAGACCAAACAGAAGAUGCAGUAGACAUGUGCACUCGGGCCGGCAGCUGGGAGCAAGCCCACAAGCUGGCGAAGAAGUGCAUGAGGCCGGAAGACAUGUCGGUGCUGUACAUCAGCCAGGCUCAGGAGACGAAGAAGCAGGGCAAGUACCGGGAGGCGGAAAGGCUCUACGUGACAGUAGAAGAGCCUGAUCUUGCCAUCACCAUGUUCAAAAAGCACAAGCUGGAUGAUGAUAUGAUCCGCCUGGUAGGGAAGCACCACCCAGAUCUCCUCAGUGACACACACCUACACCUGGGCAAGGAGCUGGAGGCUGAAGGCCGACUGCAGGAGGCCGAGUAUCACUACCUCGAGGCUCAGGAGUGGAAGGCAACAGUGAACAUGGACCGGUCCAAUGGGCUUUGGGAGGAAGCCUACCGGGUGGCCCAGGCUCACGGAGGAGCUGAUGCCCACAAGCACAUGGCCUAUCUGUGGGCAAAGAGCCUGGGAGGAGCGUCCGCAGUGAGACUGCUCACUAAGCUCGGACUCCAGGCAGCUGCCGUGGACCACGCCGCCGACAACUGCUCAUUUGAAUUUGCUUUUGAACUCUCCCGGCUGGCCCUCAAGCACAAAACCCCUAAGAUUCAUCUCCGAUAUAAAUACAGCAAUACAGAUCAGCUCAACAACCCAAAAGAGUUAGCUUUUUCCAACUUAGACAUUCCCAACUACUCAAGCCCAUAGUUUCCUAAAGCAGUGCUAUUGUCAUAACCACUUCAGUCAGACAGCCUGUGUUAUUGUUCAAAAAGACAAUAGCAGGUAAGAGAAACUCCUACAGAAAAACAUCUCUAGCCAGGAGUCCAAGAGCUCCAAAAUAGGAACCAGAGUUCAAGCCAAGGGGGAAAUCUAAAUGGUUGCUUAAGAGAACCUCACACAGUCACAUUAAAGAGAAACUCACACCCAGAAGCAAAACCACCAUAACUUCAUAAGGGAGAGAAACCCCUGUAAUUCCUCUGAAAGGAGCCACCACAGUCCCUCUGAGAGGAGCCUUAGAAGUUGAUCUCUAAAGAGCCAUCACAGUCUGUCUAAGCAGAGCCACCGAAGCUGCCUUCAGAGAGCCGUCACUUUCCCUCUGAGAGGAGCUACUAAAUUUUUCCUAGGAUGACACAUCUCAGGCCCUCUAAGCGGAACCAAUGAAGCCUUCUUCAGAAGAGCCAUCACAGUCCCUCUGAUAGGAGCCAUCGAAGUCUUCCUUGGAAGAGCCAUACAGUAACUCUGAGUGUAGCCAUCGAAGUCUUCCUCGGAAGAGCCAUCACAGUCCCUCUGAGAGGAGCCAUCGAAGUCUUCUGCGGCAGAGACAUCACAGUCGUUCUAAGAGGAGCCACUGAAGCCUUCUUCAGAAGAGCCACCACAGUCCCUCUGAGAGGAGCCAUCAAAGUGCUUCUUAGAGGAGCCAUCACAGUCCCUCUGAAAGGAGCCGUCAGAGUCCCUGUGAAAGGAGAUGUUGCAGUCCUUGUGAGAGGAGAUGUCACACGCCCUGUGAGAGCAGAUGUCACAGUCCCCUUGAAAGGAGCAGUCGCAGUCUCUUUCAGGAAACUCAUCACAGUCCUUUCGAGGUGAGAGGAUAUAGCCCUUUUGAGGGAAGACAGCACAGGCCCUCUGAGAGAAGCCAUUGAAGUCUUCCUUGGAAGAAACAUCACAGUCCCUCUAAGGGGAGCUAUUGAAGCCUUCCUCAGAGGAGACAUCACCGUCCCUCUGAGAGGAGCCACCAAAACCUUUCACAGAAGAGCCAUCACAGCCUCUCUGAGAGUAGCCAUCGAAGUCCUUCUCUAAAGAGUCCUCCGAGUCCCUCUGAGAGGAGCCCCUGACGUCGUUCUCAGAAGAGACAUCACAGUCUCUCUGAGCGGAGCCACCGAAGUGUUCCUCAGAAGAGCCAUCGCAAUCCCUCUGAGAGGAGCCAUCGAAGUCCUUUAAAGAGCCUUCAGAGUUUCUGUGAGAGGAGCCACUGAAGUCUUCCUCACAGUUGCUCUAAGAAGAGCCACCGAAGCCUUCUUCAGAAGAGACAUCACAGUCCCUCUGAGAGGAGCCACCAAAGUCUUUCUCAGAAGAUCCAUCACAGUCCCUCUGAGAGGAGCAAUGGAAAUCUUCCUCGGAGGAGAUAUCACAGUCCCUAGAAGAGGAGCCACUGAAGCCUUCUUCAGAGAAGACAUAACAGUCCCUCUGAGAGGAGUCAUUGAAGUCUUCCUCGGAAGAGACAUCACAGUCCCUUGAAGAGGAGCCACCGAAGCCUACUUC